AUGGGUGUGCAGUCAUCGAAUAUGAGUAUAAUCCCUCGUGUGUGUGUGUGGGUAGUCCGGCAUGGGUGUGCAGUCCUCGAGUGUGAAUAUAGUCCCACGUGUGUGUAUAGUCCGGCAUGGGUGUGCAGUCCUCGAAUAUGAGU